CCCUGCUUUCUAUAUCUUUCUUCUCUGUUUAAAACGCUAAUUUCCCCCAAAAUUCCCGCUAAAUUUCGUUGAUUUCAAUUCAACCACUAUGAAAAGCUUCGAUCUUUGAUCGAAAUCCUACUCAUAGAGGGAAAAAGUUGGGGCCUUUUCACUGUUUGGUAUCCUUUCUAGGGUUUUGUAAGCAUGCUGAGUUUGGUGGCCUGAAGAUGUGGCAGGGGCUGUUUCUUUGAGUCUUUGUCCCAAGAGAAACAGCCAGCCAGGGAUUAUGGUCGAUAGUUAUCAUCGGAUUGUGGACGAAGAGGAAGAUCCCUUGUUUAUUGGAUUUUGAGGAGGUUUUCGGAGUUUGGGAUGAGCAACCGUAGUGUCCAGAAGCCGCAGGGCGCCGUGUCGAGAAGUGGCAAGGGUAAUGGAUUCUUUUCUCGUUGUAAUUUUUCGAGCUAUUUGAGGUUCGUAUCUUCGGGUGCAUCUACUGUUGCUUCCACUGUUCGAUCGGCGGGGGCUUCAGUAGCUUCUUCGAUUGUUGGCGAUGGUAAUGAUUCCAGACGUGAUCAGGUGCACUGGGCUGGAUUUGACAAGCUAGAAUAUGAAGGUGUCCUUCGGGAAGUCCUUUUGUUGGGUUAUCGAUCUGGCUUCCAGGUCUGGGAUGUUGAAGAGGCUGAUGAUGUGCGGCAACUAGUAUCCAAGUAUGAGGGAUUUGUUUCUUUUCAUGCAAAUGCUAAAAAAAUCCAGCCCCAUCAAGGAGGUGUGGAGAUAAGUUUUUAG